AUGCCUUCCCCAACUGUUCUCAUCACAGGUUGCAGCGAUAAUGGAAUCGGCAGCGCUCUAGGUACCGUGCUACACGAAAGAGGUUAUCACGUUUUCGCCGCUGCUCGAAACCCAGCAAAAAUGACUUGGCAUCAAAGCCUACCAAAUGUCCACCCCAUCACGCUGGACACUACUCAGGCGGCAGAUGUUCAGGCUGCUUUGGAGACUGUCACCAAAGCAACCAGCGGAAAGCUUGAUGUUCUCAUCAAUAAUGCUGCGAGGAACCACUUCAUGCCUGUUCUCGAUGACGACCUCGAUGAAGUUCGAAAGCUCUAUGAAGUCAACUUCAUUGCGCCACUUGCGAUUACCCAAGCUUUUGCUCCUUUGCUGAUCAAGGCGAAAGGAAUGGUUACAUUCAUUACUUCAAUCUCCGGAUAUGUGAACACACCGUGGAUGGGAACUUACGCCGCAUCGAAGAGAUCCAUAGAGAUCGUUGCAGAGACUCUCCGUCUAGAACUCAAACCACUCGGUGUAGACGUUCUGUGCGCUGUGACCGGUGGGGUGAAAUCCGCCGGUCAGACCUACUUUGAUGACCUUAAACUCCCUGAGACAUCACUCUACAAGACCAUCGAAAAGACCAUCGUUAGUAGAGCGCAGGGGCACGACGGUAUGGUUAGGGUAGAUACUUUGGAGUACGCCAACGUCGUGGCUGACCAAAUUGCCGCUCGCACGAGUGGGAAGUUCUGGUAUGGCGCAAAUGCAGACAUGGUUAAGAAUGCUACCACAACUGUUGCCGUACCACAGGAGGCAUUCGAUGCCCAGAUCAUCCAGGGAACUGGACUCGACGUGAUGGGGUAA